ACUAUGGUAUACUCAUUUAUUCCACAUCAAAUUGGAACAUUUAAAGUGAAACAGGUGAUAGAGAUUAUUGGUCCAGUGGCAGCUAAAAAUUUGCGGUCUAUGUUGAUGAAACCAUUUUAUCAUAUAAAUUUAUAUUUCAAAAGCAUCUGUAAACCUUUCACUAAGAAAGUUGUGAUGAAAACUAAUCCUGGUAUAUCCCCUUUGAUCAGUAACCCCAC